AGGGCCGCGUGGUCCAAGGUGCGGCUCGCGCACGGCGCGCGGCCGUGCCCGCGCGGACGGCCGGUCGGCACAUGGACGGCGGUCCGCAGCCAGAGCCGGGCGAUGCCGCGCGGCCCCGCUGCACUGAGACGGAGAGGAGGGCCCUGCGCCUCAUCGCCGACCAGCUCGCUGGCGGCUCCCCCGCGCCCGGCACCGGCGAGCCCCACGCCUCCCGGGGGCGCGAGAGCUUCGCGGCCGACUUCCUGCGCGAGCUCGCGCAGGCGGAGGACGACCCCGAGCUCGCCCGCGCCGCCGCCGCGGACGCCCAGCGGGCGGUCGUCGGCCUGCUGCGGGAGCAGCUCGCGGAGGAGUCCCGGCGCCGCCUGCAGGCGGAGGCCCGCUGCGAGGGCCUGGAGCAGGAGCUGCUGAGGCCGCACGGCGCCCGGGCCGCGGAGGCCACGGGCCGGAGGUGGACGGACGGCGAGGCCAUGCUGGUCGCGCGCCAGCUGGAGCAGGAGCGCCAGCAGUGCCGCGCGCUCGCCGCGGAGCGCCAGGAGCUGCAGGC